AUGAUAGACAGAACGUGGAAAAAGGUCGGCCAAUCUCCAUCUAUUUGUAAUUUUACAAGCCAUGGACCACAACAGCUUUCCCUUCAAAUUGGAGAUGUGGUCCACAUUGUGGAGACUUGUGAAGAAUGGUACAAAGGAUAUCUGCUAAAACAGAGAACACACGAGGGAAUAUUUCCUAAAUCUUUUAUCCACAUCAAGGAUGUUACAAUUCAGACAAAAAGAAAUGCAGAAUACAUAGUGCCAGCUGAAAUUCCAUUAGUGCGAGAAGUUACAGCUACUCUACGGGAAUGGAGCAACAUUUGGAAACAGCUGUAUUCGGCAAGCAAAAAGCAAAAAUUCCAGCAGGUACAGUCGAUGAUGUGUGAUUUGAUGGAAUGGCGUUCACAGCUUCUCUCUGGUACCUUGCCUAAAGAUGAGCUGAAAGAGCUCAAACAAAAAGUUACUUCAAAAAUCGACUAUGGUAACAAAAUUCUUGAACUUGAUCUGAUUGUACGGGAUGAAGAUGGAAACAUUCUGGAUCCAGACAAAACAAGUGUAAUCAGCUUGUUUAAUGCCCACAAAGAAGCUACUGAGAAAAUAACAGAGCGCAUAAAGGAAGAAAUGUUUAAAGAUCAAAGUGACUACAGUAUGCAUAGCCGUAUAUCAUCUGCACCCACAUAUGGUCUCUAUGUCUUUGUGCGAAAUUUUGUCUGCAGAAUAGGAGAAGAUGCUGAACUUUUUAUGUCACUAUAUGAUCCUCAGAAACAAACAAUUAUAAGUGAGAAUUAUUUGGUGAGAUGGGGAAGUAAAGGUUUUCCAAAAGAAAUAGACAUGUUGAACAAUUUGAAAGUUGUUUUUACGGAUCUUGGAAACAAGGAUCUUAAUAGAGAUCGGAUUUACUUAGUAUGCCAGAUAGUAAGGAUUGGAAGGAUGGACCUUAAAGAAACUAACAUAAAAAAAUGUACACAAGGAUUACGGCGCCCCUUUGGUGUAGCAGUAAUGGACAUCACUGAUAUGAUUAAAGGUAAAGCAGAAAGUGAUGAAGAAAAGCAACAUUUUAUACCAUUCCUUCCUGUUGUUGCUGAGAAUGAUUUUCUGCACAAUCUUCUGGGCAAAGUCACAUCUCUAAAAGGAGAUAGUGGGGGUCAAGGACUUUGGGUGACAGUGAAAAUGCUGGUUGGUGAUUCCGUACAAAUCCGCAAGAAUUACCCUCAUCUUGUUGACAGAACUACAGUGGUUGCAAGAAAGCUGGGAUUUCCUGAGAUAAUUAUGCCGGGUGAUGUAAGGAAUGAUAUUUACAUUACUUUGAUGAGUGGAGAUUUUGAUAGAGCCACCCAGAGGAAUGUGGAGGUGAUCAUGUGUGUCUGCGAUGAAGACGGGAAAAUAAUACCUAAUGCAAUCUGCACGGGAGCAGGUGACAAGCCAGUCAGUGAAUAUAGGUCUGUGCUUUACUAUCAGAUCAAACAACCACGCUGGAUGGAAACCAUAAAGGUUGCAGUCCCAAUUGAAGAAAUGCAACGAAUACACCUCCGCUUUAUGUUACGACACCGAUCAUCUCAAGAAUCCAAAGACAAAGGAGAAAGGAACUUUGCCAUGGCAUAUGUAAAGCUAAUGAAAGAUGAUGGUACAACUCUGCAAGAUGGAAUCCAUGACUUAGUGGUAUUAAAGGGAGAUAGCAAGAAGAUGGAAGAUGCCGUUACAUAUUUAUCCCUUCCUUCCACUCGCAAUCAAAUGGACACUAAGGGCUCAACAUUCAGCAGAAACAACAGCAGCUCUGGAGGGUUGUCUGUUAGCUCACGUGAUGCUUUUUCAGUUGCAACUCUUGUAUGUUCUACCAAACUGACACAGAAUGUUGGCCUUCUUGGACUUCUAAAAUGGCGAAUGAAGCCAGAAUUACUGCAGGAAAACCUGGAAAAACUGAAAAUUGUUGAUGGAGAAGAAGUUGUAAAAUUUCUUCAAGACACUCUUGAUGCUCUUUUUAAUAUUAUGAUGGAGCAUUCCCACUCAAGCAAGUAUGAUAUCCUUGUCUUCGAUGCCCUGAUUUACAUCAUAGGACUGAUUGCAGAUCGAAAAUUUCAACAUUUCAACACUGUUUUGGAAGCAUACAUUAAACAACAUUUCAGUGCGACCUUGGCCUACAAGAAACUGAUGACUGUUUUGAAGAAAUAUCUAGAUAUUUCCAGCAGAGGAGAGCAGUGUGAGCCAAUUUUAAGGACUUUGAAAGCACUGGAAUAUGUGUUCAAAUUCAUUGUGCGCUCAAGAACAUUAUUUUCACAACUGUAUGAAGGCAAGGAGCAGACUGAAUUUGAGGAAUCUAUGAGAAAGCUCUUCGAAUCCAUUAAUAGCCUGAUGAAGUGUGAGCACAAAACUACCAUCCUAUUGCAGGUUGCUGCUCUGAAAUAUCUACCAGCAGUUCUUCAAGAUGUGGAGACAGUGUUUGAUGCCAGAAUGCUUAGCCAGCUGCUGUACGAUUUCUAUGCCUGUAUCCCUCCUGUCAAGUUACAGCAACAGAAAGUGCAGUCAUUGAAUGAGAUUGUUCGCAGUAAUCUGUUCAAAAAGCAAGAAUGUCGUGAUAUUUUACUGCCAAUGAUCACCAAAGAGCUGAGAGCAUGGUUAAACAAUGGCAGGCAAGAUCUACCACAAAUGAAGGAAAAAAAAUUAUGUGUUGAACUGCUCUGUAGCAUUCUACAAGUUCUGAGCUCUCAGGAAAAGAAAACAACUUAUCAUCACAUUCAAGAAAUAACUGAGCAACUCCUGCGAACAGUAAACAGGACAGUAAUAAUGAUGGAAAGAGAUCAGGAACUAACUAGUCAUUUUGUGGCAUGCAUGACGGCAAUUUUGGACCAGAUGGAUGACCAGCAUUACACUCACUACAUUGAAAUAUUUCAGUCAAGCUCAGACUUACUGGAUUUUCUAAUGGAAACAUAUAUCAUGUUUAAAGACCUGAUUGGAAAGAAUGUUUAUCCUUCAGACUGGAUAACAAUGAGCAUGGUUCAGAACAGGGUAUUUUUGAGAGCCAUUGACAAAUUUGCCAGAACCAUGAACCAGAAAUUUCUUGAUAACAUGAAUUUUGAAGUGCAGCUUUGGAACAACUAUUUUCAUCUGGCAGUGGCUUUUAUUACCCAAGAUUCCCUACAGCUUGAGAAUUUCUCCCAUGACAAACAGAAUGAAAUACUGGACAAAUAUGAAGACAUGAGAUGUUUAAUUGGCUUUGCAAUUCGUGACAUGUGGUACAAACUUGAUAAGAAUAAGAUCUGCUUCAUUCCUGGAAUGGUUGGACCAAUUCUAGAAAUGACACUUAUACCAGAAGCUGAAUUACGUAAAUCCACAAUUCCAAUCUUUUUUGAUAUGAUGCUCUGUGAAUUCCGCCAAACUGGGGAUUUUAGAAAGUUUGAAAAUGAAAUAAUACUGAAACUGGACCAUGAAGUUGAAGGAGGACGUGGGGACUGGCAGUACAUGCAGCUUUUUGAAAACAUAUUGCUGGAUUAUGCUGAAAAGUUUCCAUCCAUUACUAAAGGAGUCAGUAAUUUUGUGGCACUGAUAAAAGGUCUUCUGGAAAGGUUAUUGGAUUACAGAGCAGUGGUAACUGACGAGAGCAAAUACAACCGCAUGAGCUGCACAGUAAACCUACUCAACUUCUAUAAGGACAUUAACCGUGAAGCAAUGUACAUUAGAUAUUUGUACAAGCUUCGAGACCACCACUUGGACUGCGAGAAUUACACAGAGGCAGCUUACACCCUCUUGCUCCAUACUAGGCUUCUAAAGUGGUCAGAUGAACAGUGUUCACCUCAGGUCAUGCAGACAGAGUUCCAAAGUUCACAAACCCAUCGGCACCUAAAGGAGAACUUAUAUGACGUGAUCAUUGGAUACUUUGACAAAGGAAAGAUGUGGGAGGAAGCAAUAUCUCUAUGCAAACAAUUGGCAGAACAGUAUGAAAUGGAAAUAUUUGAUUAUGAACUUCUCAGCCAGUGCUUGACACAGCAAGCAAAAUUUUAUGAAAACAUAAUGAAAAUUCUCCGUCCAAAGCCUGAUUACUUUGCAGUUGGAUAUUAUGGCCAAGGGUUCCCAACAUUCCUUCGGAAUAAAGUUUUUAUUUAUCGAGGAAAAGAAUAUGAGCGGAGAGAAGAUUUUUUGGCACAGCUGAUGUGCCAGUUUCCAUUUUCAGAAAAACUGAAUACAACCUCAUGCCCAGGAGAUGAUAUAAAAAACUCCCCAGGACAAUACAUUCAGUGUUUCACGGUGCAACCUGUGCUUGAGGAGCAACCCCAGUUUAAAAACAAACCAGUACCUGACCAGAUAAUAAACUUUUAUAAGUCAAAUUACGUGCAGAGAUUCCAUUACUCCAGACCUGUUAGGAAGGGGUCAGUUGAUCCAGAAAACGAAUUUGCUUCUAUGUGGAUUGAAAGAACAACUUUUGUCAUAGCUUACAAGCUACCUGGCAUCUUACGUUGGUUUGAGGUUACAUCAAUGUCACAUACAACCAUCAGCCCUCUGGAAAAUGCCAUUGAAACAAUGUCUGCAACCAAUGAAAAAAUUCUAAUGCUCAUCAAUCAGUACCAGCAGGAUGAAAACCUCCCUAUCAAUCCUCUGUCCAUGUGCCUGAAUGGUAUAGUGGAUCCUGCAGUCAUGGGUGGCUUUACAAACUACGAAAAGGCUUUCUUUACUGAAGGUUAUAUGCAUCAACAUCCUGAGGAUUGUGAGAAGUUGAGCAAAUUGAAAGAUCUUAUUGCGUGGCAGUUACCCCUGCUUGGUGCUGGAAUACGAAUACACGAGAGAAGGGUGACUGAAGAUCUUCGUCCUUUCCAUGAUCGAAUGGAGGAGUGUUUUAAAAACCUGAAAAUUAAGGUUGAAAAGCAAUAUGGUGUUAGAGAACUGCCUGACAUUGAUGAUGGCCGAGUUGGAAGACCAAGAUCCAUGCUAAGAUCUUAUCGCCAGAUGUCUGUUAUUUCCAUGUCUUCAAUUGGAUCUGAAUGCAGCACUCCUAUCAAGACUGUCACAGAAAGCCUUGACCUCGAAGUGGCAGUGGCCAAAUCAAAACCUCAAGGAAUUGAAGUGGGUCCAGUUCCUAUAUCAAGUGAAACUGAAGUAAAAUUGCGAAGGUCUCGUAAAAAGACAAAAAGGAGCAGUGUAGUGUUUGCUGAUGAAAAAACUGCUGAGUCCAAGAGACUUUCCAGGAAACAAGAAUUUAUGAGUGACACCAAUCUCUCAGACCGCGUACCAGCACCACAGACUUCUGUUCUCAAGCAAAUGAGCUUUGCAAGCCGCUCCAUGCCAACGAUUCCAGCAUUAACAUUCUCCACUGUCAAUGGCCCAACAUAUGAAGAUCAAAAUCAAAGCUCAAGAAUGAGCCAACCAAAUAUCGCUGGACUUGAGUCAGAUAAGAAGACUGUAAAGAAAAGCAAGAUCAAUCAGCUUUUUAAAACAAUACGUCCCUCCAGAAAUACUGAUGAUGGAAAGCAGACUACAGACUUGCCAACAGAAACCCUGUCAAUAGACCUCUAAUUUUCUUUUGCAGGAUUCAAGCUGUUUACAGGAAAUGUGAAGCAUCUAA